UGCUUUCCUACAAAAAACUUUGUAAACUUUAACAUAUUUACAGCCUCAUCACUUCCAUCACCACCACCACCACCACCAUCGUCAGGGUGGGAAGUGGUCAUGGACCCUGGAGACUGGAUUCCUGAUGAUGUCGCCCAGUGGCUGGAUCAGAUCGGAAUACACCAGCAACAGCAGUCUCUGGACAUGCUGUACGGUGAAGUUGCUCAGCUGUUUGGCGUGUGCCCAUACCCGACGGCGCCCCCUGCCUCGGGUGCCAGUAUGCGCAGCUCAGAGGACGGCGUCUCUGGAACCGUUCUCCAGCGGCUGAUGCAGGAACAUCUACGUUACGGGACUGGAGGGACCGUGGGAGGCUCAGAAAACGACAGCAUCAUUGGCGUCCCUCAUAUGCUAUCGCCCAGCAACCCAGUCUCCACUGAAAACCUGCUUCUUGAAGAGGAUGGGCACCUGGUACCAUUGUGUCAACCGGUGCCACCUCAGACUCAGCCAAGGCAGGAGCCCCAAGGGCAGGAACAUCAGGUGGAUUCCUGCUCAAUGGAGAAGAAUGGAGGCCACAAUAGUGGAGGAAGUCUUCAGGGAACCCUGAGUGUACCUGGACUUGGUAGCCUGGAACUUCCAUCUUAUGAGGAAGCUAAGACCCAAUCACAGCUUUUUAGAGGCCACCAGAGUCAGAAUGACCAGCAGAUAUCUGCUCAAAGUCUGGGCUAUACACAUACAGGUCUACAAAACUCUAACCAGACUGUCCAGAAUAAUCCAUAUCCAAGCCAGAACCCCCAGAACCUCCAGAGCCAAGCUAGCCUCAAGGAAAGCCAGCAGAACCUCAUAUGUCAACAUCUGGGUCUGCAAACCCAACAGCAACAAUCCUACAAUCCAACUAGCACCAGUUCCUGUCCUCCUUCUCUCUCUUCUGCUCCAUCACUCUCCUCUCCUCCUUCCCUUUCUUCUUCUUCUUCAUGUCUCUUGGCUGUACCAAUGAAGGCCCGUGUGGAAGGCCGGGCUUGGGUCCAGCGAGGUUUUAUAGGGGUCACCCCUCCAAGAGAUGAAGGUUUGGCCGAACUCAAGGAGGGUCAUGUUCGUUCUCUUAGUGAACGGAUCAUGCAACUCAGUCUGGAGCGCAAUGGUGCCAAGCAAAGCAGGGGUCCAUCUAUACUGAGCCCAAAAGAAACCCCAGAAACACCUGAAAACUCACCUUCUCCAAACAACAAAAGUAGCAAAGCUACAGCCCCACCUCCGCCACCACCUUUACCUUCUAUCAAAACUUAUCUGGACCAUCGAGGUCCACCUCCGGAGUACCCUUUUAAACUUAAAACACAUUCAAUAUACCCAUCCAGUGUAAGUCCUGGUCCACAGUCACUAGAGCUUUCAAAUGAACCUUCCCAUACCUCCAGUCUAAUUCCACACCAAGUGGCUCUAUCCCAGUACCAGCCUCAAUCUCCACUCCAGCUCCAGUGCCAUCCUGGACAGCUCGUACCUGGAGAAACCUUUGCAAUGGUCAGCCAAACUCAGCAGAUGCUGGCAAUUCUCAGUGAAGAAAACCAGAGACUCAAACAGGAGCUACUGAGCCAAUCCGAGAAAGCUGGAAAACUGCAACGGUUGGAGGCUGAAGUGGGUCGUCUCUCAGAUGCAUAUGAGAGUCUGGUGAAGAGCUCCUCAAAGCGGGAGUCGCUGGAUAAGACCAUGCGGAUCAGACUGGAGGGGGAGAUCAGACGCCUGCAUGACUUCAACCGGGACCUGAGAGACCGCUUGGAAACAGCUAAUCGACAACUGGCCAGUCAGGAGACAGAGGGGCAAGAGGACAGCCGGCUUUAUCUAAACGAGAGAAGGGAGAGUAUAAAGGAGAUGGAGCGGUUGGAGGUGGAGGUGGAGACCCUUCGCUCGGGCAAUGAGGAUCAGCGCCAUCAUAUUGAGAUUCUGGAACAAGCGCUAAAUAACGCCCAGAGCAAAGUGGUCAGGCUGGAGGAGGAGUUGAGAAAGAAGCAGGUAUAUGUGGAGCGAGUGGAGCGGCUGCAGUUGGCUCUGGGCCAGCUCCAGACUGCCUGCGAGAAACGAGAACAGCUGGAGAAACGCCUCAGAACCCGACUGGAGAGAGAACUGGAAGCACUGAGAUCACAACAGCGUGCCGGUGUGGGAAUGGCCCUCCCUGCAGCAUGUGAGUCAAGCGCCCCAGCACUGCUGGACCUGCUGAGGGAGAGAGAGGAGAGGAUUUUGGGCUUGGAGGCUGAUAUGAUGCGCUGGGAGCAGAAGUAUUUGGAGGAGAGUGCUAUGAGACAGUUCGCUAUGGAGGCAGCAGCUACAGCUGCAGCGCAGAGGGACACAACUAUUAUCCAGCAUUCUCGUAGUGGCAGUUACAGUGAUGGUUGUCUAUGGCAACAAGACGGAGAUGAUAAAACACACAACCGCCGGUGUCAGGACAUAGAGACCAGGAUGAAGGAUCUCCAUGCUCAACUUUUAGAGAAGGAUGCAAUGAUUAAAGUCCUGCAGCAGCGUUCCCGGAGAGACUCCGUCCCCUUACGUCCAGCCCGCUCCACACCCUCCAUCACUAUAGCAACAGGUCUCCACUCUCGCCAAACAUCACACACAGAGAGAGGAGAACUGCAAAGCUGGAAGGGGAGUGCUAGUGUGCUGCUGGGAAAAGAAAGCAUGGAGCAUCUUCCUUCUGCCAUCCCUUCUUUCUCUGCCUCACUGUCAUCUCUCCCUCCCUCCCUGUCUUCAUCCCUUGCUCCCUCUCUCUCAUCUUCCCUCCCACCUUCUUUCUCCUCCUCCCUUGUUCCCUCGUUCCCUCUGCCUUCAUCCUCCGCUCUCCCUCUCUCGUCCUGCUGUCUCCCUCUCUCUUGUUCCUCUGCCACUCCUCCCUCCACCCUCCCUCCGUUGCCCCCUCCGCUUUCCUCCUCUCUGCCCUCCACUCCUCUGCUCUCCCUCCAUUCGAAAUCAGCCAGCAGAGACAGCAGCACUCAAACUGGGCGGAGCCAUGAAAUCCUCAGAGCCAUGCCCCCUACAGGCCGAGCCAAGUCAGGGAAGACAGAUUCUCUGCCCACUCAGUCAAAGCCUCCAGAGUGUCCAGCUCUACCUGCUUCGGGGCAGAAGAUCAGGCUGCCGGACUCUGACCUGGUGGAGAUCCUGAUCUAACAACACAGCACAGAGAACCCAAACUCUGAACGCAGAGAAAACAGAACUUUACACUGGAGCUGAGACAAAGAGUUACUCCAGUGAGGCUCUGGGAUGGUCGUGCCAUUGAAACUGACUGAAUUUAAUUGGGAUAAGAGGGAGAGAGAGAGAAAGAGAGAGAGGUGGAAAGAGAAAAGGAGCCAGACAGACCAGUUCAAAGUAAGAAAUAGAAAAGUACCGUCACUAGUGAAAGAGACAGAGAGAAGAAGAGACAGAAGUCGGCAGACAGAUAAAUGAUGAGAAAGGAGCGAGAAUCGGUUUAAUGCAGAAUGAUACAGGUGUCUGUAAUCGAAGGGUGAAAAGUAAGUGUGAGAGUCAGUCGGUCUUUUCUGAGAUUAAUAGUGUUUCAGCCUUAGACUUCACCCGUUCAGGAUCCUCUGGUCUUAUACUGUGGUGUCAGUGACGUUCUCAAUGGAUCUAUCCAAGCUCCGCCCACAGAUGUGUUCUUUCCUAUUGAUUGUUGUGAGGUUGGACAAGCUCCUGUACAAACUGUAAGGGGUAGAUUUACCAACAUUUUGCACCACUGCAAACCCGAUUUUAGGAUUACUUGCCUCAUGACACUUGUAUUUAUAGUAGUUUCACCUCCGAAAGCACAGAGUCCUGUGAGGAGAUCAUUGCAAUGAAGCACCUACUCUGAUGUAUUAAGGCUGUAAGCCAUUUAACGCCUGUGGAAAGCUUGUCUUGUUUAUGGUGCCAACAUGGGUGCUGCUGUUUGUGUUCAGAGAGAAAAUAGAGAAACACAUUUAUUUAUUUUGAAUGAAGAAAAAAAAAACACUUGUAAACAUUUUCCAUGCAUGCCACAGUAUGCUUCUUUUUUAUUUUUAAAUUUAUAACUUAAAUUAUUCUUUAUUUAAAAUAAUAAUAAUAAUGAUGGCGAAAAAUAGUAUCUUGUCAAGUGAAAUGAUGUUAAAUCCAGCCGAUAUACCGAACAUUUACUGUUUUGCACUUAGUAUGAGAUUGUCUAGAUUAUUUCUAGACAUUUUUACUUGUAUAUUGAGUAAAAUUAUCUCACUGUACUAGAAGAUAUUUUGUCUGGAUUCAAGCUCAUUUAUAACCAGCAGUAUUAUCUGCCACUAUAUUGAGAUAAAUUUACCAUUUUUUCAGUGUAAAAUGAUUUUAUACUGUGAUUUCCUCAAACUUUUGGUAAAUUUUACACUCACUGAGGUGUGUUUGAAGCAGGCUUUGGCCUCUACUAUACUAAAGCUGCUCAUUCACUGUGGAUUUGCUGUGGAUUCUGUAGUAGAAAUGUCUCAGUUUUUAAUGCUUUGCUUGUAGAUAAAAGUUUAAGCUUAUCACAGGUUUGAGAAGAUGCCAUUACCAAGUGAGCAGGAUGUGUGCGGUGAAAAUAAACAGAUUUUAUUUCAGCUCAGCUUGACACAAGUCCACUGUUCUAUGUCAGAGAACUGUCAAACCUGUCCCAAAGUUUUUGGAAGGAGCUCCCUCACUCCAGAGAACACAGAAGCUCCAUAGUCCAGUGCUGGGGGCUUUAUACCCCUCUAGUCAACACUUGGCAUUGGGCAUUGUUUUCUUAGGCUUUCUGUUGGCAAUGCUUUUCUAUGGAGAUUUCACUAAGUAACUGAAAGGGGUUUGUGGGCGGAGCAUGAAUAGAUCUACUAAUUGAUGCCAAUUGUUUGUGAUGGAGCACUACAAGAUUAGGGUUCUGCAGCCCCAUUGAACAAUUCAAUCAAGUGUUUAUGUUCAUGUUCACAUGUUUUUGUCCUCAGCCUGAUUUCCAGUGUGCCUUGAGACGUAUUAUUACUGUAAACUUAAACUGGUUACUGUAGUCGCUCUACAGUAUCAGUUUAUAUCACUUGUAUCUACCACCCUAUUUUGAAAAAUGCUUUCAAUGAGCAAUUCUGCUCUUGUUAGAACGUACAACACAUUUUUAAAUAGUAGGUUUAUGAUUGUGGUAAUGAUAAACCAGGGUAUUGUCACUUUCCUGCGUUCGUCUUAUCAAGCUGCCUUUUUGGUCUUUAAUUUGCUGCUUUUUUUGUUUAGACCAUUCCAAACAGUAGUGCUUUUGGAUGAAUAUUUUCUUUUUUGCCAUUUGUAGCUCAUAUUAAACUGGUAUUUCACAUUCAAACGCUAAUCUAUAGCUUAGGCUUUUUGUGAUCUGAUGAAAGAGUUUUGGUAUUUUGCAGUAAAUAAUUGUGCCUUAUCAAAGUCUAAA